UCUGGAGAGUUCUAGUGUGUUAUUAGCGUUUACAGAGUAGGCGAUCACCUUCUCCUUCUUUCUCUCUCCUAAAGUUCCGUGUCCAACAAAAAUCAUGUAGUUGCUUCUUACUAUUCGCAACUAAAGUAAAUCUAUUUUUAGUAAGAUAUUCGACUAUAUAAUUUGGCCUUCUAUUUUAUUGGCCCAAAUUUAAUCCAAUUUGUCGACAACAAAAUUAGAACAAUGGCGGAUGGUGGAGAGAGAAAAGGCGUUGAUUUUUACAAAGUACUUGGUUUAGAGAAGGAAUGCUCACCUACUGACCUCAAAACCGCUUACAGGAAUCUUGCUAAGAGAUGGCACCCGGAUCGUUGCUCUGCAUCUGGGAAUUUAAAGUUCGUGGAGGAAGCCAAGAAGAAAUUUCAGGGUAUUCAAGAGGCUUAUUCUGUUCUAUCCGAUGAAUCUAAAAGGUUUUUGUAUGACGUUGGAGUCUACGACAAUGAUGAUGACGAAAACAAUCAUGGAAUGGGUGACUUCCUGAACGAGAUGGUCACCAUGAUGAGCGAGCACAAACCAACUGAAAAUGGGGAAGAAAGCUUUGAACAAUUACAGGAUCUAUUCGACGAGAUGUUUCAGAGAGAUAAUAGUUGUGAUGCGGCAUACCCUUCAACCUCAUCACAGGGGUCUUGUUCGUUUUCAAAUGGCGGUUCUACUGAGGGUUCAUGCAUCAAUAACAAAAGAAAUUCUCUAGGAAUGAAUGCAACAGAAGCAUCAUCAUCCUUCAAUAAUAUCAACUCUGAUAGUUUCUGUUUAGGGACAGAUGGAGCGCAGGGGAGAUUCGAGAAAGAUAAAGGGAACAAGCGUAAGAACUCAAGGAAGCGGUUGUAGAAAUAGUAGCGGCAAUGGUGGUGAUAGUAGCAGAAGACGAUAUGGUAGGAAGCAAAAAGUUGCUCCUGGCCAUGAUGUUUCUUCGAACGAUUACUCCGGCAUUUCCACUUGGGUAAAAAUGUAAAAUCACAGAUGAAUUGCAGUUUAGAUUAUUGAUUGACACCAGGAAAUGCGUCUAUAGAGCCAUAGAGGUUUUGGUACUACAAUGUUAUGUCAUCCAAAUUUUGGCAUUAGUUAUGUUUCUGUGUUUUAUCAUGUAAUAAUACAAGUUGUAAGGCAAGCCUACUUAAUUGAGUUCCAACAUCUUAUUUUGGUGGUCCA